AUGACCGCCCCAUCCGCCCACACCCACACCGUCGCCAUCAUCACCGGCUCCAACACCGGCCUCGGAUACCACUGUGCCGAGCUGCUGAUCAAGAACGAGGUCCAUCUGACCAAGCCCGUCUCCAAGGCCGUCGAGGACGGCGCAAAGCCCUUCCACCUCAUCUUGGCCUGCCGCAAUAAAGACAAGGCCGAGGCUGCGGUGCGCAAGCUGACCGAGCUGGCUGCCAGUCAGGAGAGAACAAAGUCCUUCAUCAUCGAAUACGGCAUCCUUGACCUUGGCUCUUUGGAGUCCGUGCGAGCAUUUGCCAAAUGGUUCCUGGAGAAGAACAUCCCACUCAAUAUCCUCCUGAACAAUGCCGGCUUGGCCGUGUCCGCCUAUGCCACUACCAAGGACGGCCUGGAGAUCACGCUUGGCACCAAUCACUUUGGCCAUUUCCUGCUCACCAUGCUGCUUCUCGAUAAACUGAUUGCCGCCGGCCCAGGCGCGCGCAUCGUCAACGUAUCCAGUGAGUUGCAUCUCAAUGCCCAAGAGCGAGACCACGCCCAGGUGCCGUGCCCAAACUUCGACUUCAAAACAGCCACCGUCGAAUCAUUCUCUGCCCAGUACCCCUUCCGCGAGAAAUACGUGGGACUUGCCGCCUACUCCUCCUCCAAGGUCGCCAAUGUGCUGUUCACCUUGCAGUUGGCCAAGUUCCUGGAAGUCCACCGCAAGGUUCUGCCCGAGCAGCUCUCGGUCACUGCCCUCACCCCGGGCUGGGUUCCCACUACCGAGUUUACCCGCGACUCUCCUUACAUCAUGCAGCUCCUCAUGCGCUACGUUUUCCCCUGGAUCCUCCCCAGAAUUCGCACCGAGGAUCAAGGCUCGAGUGUCCUUGUCAAGGCUGCCUUCACCAAGGAGGCACACGGCCAGUCUGCCAAGUACAUGAACCAAUUCGGCGAGUGGGACACUCCCAGUGCCGAUGCCCGUGAUGAACACAGCCAGAAGAAUUUGUGGAACUGCAGCUGCGAGAUCGUGGGCUUGACCCAGUACAAGCUCUGA